AUGUACUGUAUUAUCAGCAGCAGUUUCAUAUAUCACAUUUUUGUACAUUACGGUGUUUUUUUUCGCGAUCUCAGUGUGCUAGUUUAUUGCAUCACUUUUCAUGCUAUUUGUUAUGAUGUAACGUUACUAUAUUAUCAGCAGCAGCAGCAACAACAUCAGUUUCAUAUAUCUCUAACAUUUUUGUACAUUAAGGUGGUUUUUUUUCGCGAUCUCAGUGUGCUAGUUUAUUGCAUCACUUUUCAUGCUACUAUUUGUUAUGAUAUUAUCAGCAGCAGCAACAACAAUAACAGUUUCAUAUAUCUCUAACAUUUUUCUCGUACAUGAAUUAUGUUACGAUGUUUGUUUAGUUUAAUGAGCAAUUAUAUCAUGAGACUCUCCUAAUAGAUUUGUGGAUUUGUAGUGUUCAUUGUAUUACCGUUUCAAUGAACGUCAUUAUCUGUCAUAUUAAUAAUGUGUUAUUUUUUAGAGUGUGUAACUGUUGUGUUUAUAGUACAGUAGCACAUACAGUAGCCUAUUAGGUAGUGGUCAAGCCAUGGGUUAGUGUUAUGUUACUAGUAUGUUAAUGUAGUUAGUAUUUCUUAGCUAAAAAGACUAAAAAUGUUUCAAAUGUCCCAGAGAUGUCUAAAAAGUCACACAAGGCUUUAGGGGACGAUGAGUGGAUGUCUCGUCUGCGACGGUUUGCCAGCACAGGGGUUUGGCCCUCUGAAGCUGGAAACAGGCCUGCUCCCCGUCAAAAGAAAUGGUUUGAUCUGUUUCAUAAGAUCGACAAAUGUCCAAUGCAGGUCCGCGGCCAGUCAAAACAUUUUGGUGGAGCACAGAAAUGUCUUUGUGGAUUCCAUCCACCUAAGGCCACACCUGCCACAACUGCUCCACCUUUCGUCGCAAGUGCUCCACCUGCCACAAGUGCUUCACCUGUCGCUGCAGGUGCUCCACCUGCCACAAGUGCUUCACCUGCCGCCACUCCUAGUGCUGUCCCGGCCUCUACCUCAGCCCCAACCAUUAUACGGCCUGCACUUACGUUAUCGAUGUUAAAUAAGUCACGGUUUGGUGGAUCCAUUAGUUUGGCAGCCAAACCUAAUGUAAAUGUUCCAAGGCGGAUUCAGCCUGGUAGUCAUAGUCCGUCUCCUUCAGCCAGUCCUUCAUCUGCAUCCAGUCCUUCUCUUGCAGCCAGACCUGCUAUUUCUUCCAGUCCUGCUCCUUCAACCAUUCCUUCUCCAGAAGCCAGUCCCACUCCUUCACCCAGACCAGCUCCAUCAUCCAGAGCUGCUCCCUCAAUCAGUCCAGUUCCUUCAUCCAUUCAUUCUCCUUCAUCCAGACCUGCUCCUUCAUCCAGUCCUUUUCCUGCAGCCAGUCCUGCUCUUAGAGUCUCUGAGGAGCAUAUUGCCUCUUCUAUGCCCAGCCCUACUCCUGUACCCAGCCCUGUUUCUGGACCUUCAAUGGCUCCUGUGCCUGGCCCUGCUUCUGCGUCUGAGCCAGAUCAAUUUUGGCUGCCUGUGAAAAUGAGGAAGACGAUCCCCUCACAGGAUCAGAACUGGAUUUCUUCUGCGCUUUUUCAUGCUGGCAGACUUCGGACAGACUUGAAGCUCUGGUAUGAGCCACCAGUUCCUUCCCUCAUCUACCACCAGGCUCCAACACCAGACCGCUUUUUUAAUCAUAGGCUUCUGGUAUGGAUGCCAUACCACUUGUGGAAAUUCAGACUGUCCUGUCCUACAUGUGGGAAGCAGCUGACUGGCUAUGGUAUCCAUAAGAGAGCACGAAAGGUUUUGGACAUCGACAGGUUCUACCUUAUGGUAACAGAGACGCUCAGGUGUACUGUUUGUUGCCUGAAUUACCUGUCUACCAGACUGUGCUGGACCAGCUUGACGUGGCCCAUAGAAGACUGUUCCGUCUGAUCCUGACACAGAAGUAUGCAUGUGACAUUCGUGUCAUACGCAUGCUUAGGGAGCAGACACUGGGCAAUAGUCCCACCAGACUUAUAAAACAGCUGAGGGAGAACCAUGGUGAGGAGUGGCUUGACCGCUUGGCACACUAUAU